CUCUGGCCCGACGGUCUUGUCAGUUGCAGCAAAAGCGGCAGAUACCCUGGUGAAACCUUCGAUGGUUGCUCCUAUGCCGGAUAUCGUUGUAAAAAAAGAUGGUACGGAGCGCCUUGCCGGCGAGUUUAAGGGGCCACAUAGCACGUCCGUUGGGGUCCAUACCGACCUGGUCAAGCUCGGCAACGAAUUGAAAUUCAUGCUUGGUUCCAUGGUUCGGAAUGAUCCAUCCGAAAACGUCUAUGUCGUGGGAAUUCUUCUUCAAGGCUUCAGAUGUACCACCUACAAGCUGGACCUGAUUUACAACGGGGUCUAUCGACUGAUCGAAUUGUCUUCCGCCAAUCUCAUGAUCAAUGGAUUGGAUUUCUUUCCUGCGAUCAAGGUUUUCGAAAAUAUGGCGCAACUGAAGAACCUGAUAAUCACCCCGAAUCAUCAUGCAAAGCAGCCACUGUCUUGGCGUCGACCAUCAUUCUUUCCACCAAUCGACAUCAGUGUAUAGCUUACGAAAGUCGGAUCAAUCACCUAUUUCGCUAGUUCUAUUUUCCAAGAAAUCAGAAAAAGUAAAGUAUUACUGAAAGUUACCUGUGGAAGAACUACCAAUCAUACUGUAUGAAUUAUUGUUGUCAGUUCCUUUGAUUACGUUUACAGUGAAUGGACAGUGGUAGCUUUACUUUCAUC